AUGGCGUAUGAUAACGAAAACAAAAGUAAUUAUGUUGAAAAUAAUUACGUUCACGAUUGCAUAUCUUAUCCGGAUGAUGCAUUUGUGUCCGAGUGCCAUGACGAUUCGACUGAUCAUGAUUUUUAUGAUGACAUCUAUCUUUUUGAAUCUCGUCAAUCUAUCAAGUAUAAACCCAAAAAUAAACAAAAAUUUCAAUCAUCAACUGCUAUUAGAUCUGCCAUAUCGUCUAUUACUUCUCUGAGAAGUCGCUGCCAAUCUUAUGAGAAAACACCGAAAGCCACACCGAAAAAAUAUCGUUAUAACAGGCAAUGGCGAUCAGCAAAGAUGUUCCAGUGUGAUGUAGAAUUUGAGAAAUCAGAAGAAAAACAAACUCAAUUUCCUGCAAAUAAAGUACUUUCAGCUGAACUUCCUACUAUACCAAUGACUAAAUGCCAAACGGCGUUGCUACAGCGAAAACAUAAAAAGACAAUCAAACAGAAAAAAGCUGAGCCUGAGCCCAAAAAACAAUGCGAGAUUAUCGAAUCAGCUCAACAACCAAAGCUGCUUUCCAAGGAGCUCAAACCCGAACAUUUGACUGAUUUUGCGCUGUUUCGUCGUCAUUUUUAUACAGUCAACUCACAAUCGAUUAAAUCAGCGUUUAACGCUCGAACUGACAUUGAAAUCACUGAUAUUCGUCUGACAUCGUUAGCCAAAUGUGUUGAGACCCAGUUCAUGCAUAAGUUAAAGAAUGAUUACCAAUUUCCAAAACUGGUUUUUCACGGAACUAACGUCAUCAAUCUACAGAGUAUUCUGGAUUAUGGUCUGUUGAUUCCUCAUAGACAACAUCCAACUAAUAAGGCAGCGCCAGUAAUUGGAAUGACGAACGGAAAGGCACAUGGUAAUGGUAUUUAUUGUAGUCAAAAGGCCGACUACUCGUUGUCAUAUGCUCGUUUAACAAACACAAUGUUGAUAUGCGCGGCUAUUCCAUACAUAGACAAGCAUGGAAAGGUACGUCAACAAUAUGGAGACAUCAUCGUAUUGCACGAAGAAUCGCAAAUUGUUCCAUUAUUUUUACUGGAUUUUACUUAUCUGAAUUCUCUGUCUAAUAUGCGCAAUUAUUCAUUUUUCAAGUCAGAAGAAAAGAAGGAAAAACCAAUCAAGACGAAAGAAGAAAGAGUAAAGCAUGUUACAAGAAAGUUUCUGCGAAAAAUGUUAAAAUUUAUCAAUGACGACAACGUGAAACGUCAUCGGUUUCAACUACGAUGCUUUCAGUGA